GUGUGAGUGUGGGGGUAUGUAAUAUAAGGUGAUUCAUCAUGGGUGUAGUGGAUUACAUGUCAGUUGGAGAACUGGACACUUAAAAACACAGAGGUGAUCUUUCCUGAACAGAGAGAUGAAAUCAGCAGAGAAACUCGUCAUCGUUUGUUUUCUGUUUAAAGGUGUUUUGUGUAGAGAAUUCUCCAUCAGUCUACCAGAGAGUGUAGAAGCUGUGAGAGGACUCUGUGUUCUCAUACCCUGCAGUUUUGAGAUUGAAGAACAAUUUGAUGGAGACCUCCAGACAGAUCUUACAGGAAUCUGGUUAAAAGACGGCACUCAUGCUGACAAUAACAGAGUCUUUAACUCUAAAGAAACUGAAGAGAACAAGAUUGAAGGGAAACUUAUAGGAGACCUCCGCAUGAAGAACUGCACCACCGUCUUCUACAGCAUCAGAAAGAAUUACAGUGGAGUUUAUUACUUUAGAUUAGAAACUUCAGGAAGACUGAAACAGACGUAUAGAUCUCCAUCAGUGUCUGUAAGAGUUGGAGCUUCUCCAAUCACACCCUCAAUAACACUGUAUAAGGAGGAUCAGGGGGAGGUGGAGGACCAAAAUGAGGUGGUGGAGGGAACUUCAGUGAGUCUCAUUUGCUCUGCUCCAGCUCCUCCAUGUCUCUUAAAGCCACCCACUUUUACAUGGAACUUCCUGCCUGAGGAGAGAAGACAGGAGCAGAACCACAACACCAGCUUCAGCUCCUCUCAGCUGAACUUCAACGCUACUCACCUUCAUCAUGGACUCAAUUUCACCUGCACUGCCACCUACCAGCUCCAGAACAGGAACAAAUCAGCACAGAGAUCUUUUAUACUACAUGUUCUGUAUGCUCCUCAGAUCUCUCCCUCCUCCAGAUGUAACUUCAUUCAGGAUUUCUUCAACAGUUCCUGUGAGGUUCAUGGAAAUCCAUCUCCUAAACUAGAGUGGCGUCUCUCAGGUCAAAUUGUCCGACCCUCUGAGUUCAUAUCCACCUCGGAGUCAGCUAGCAACACAACGUUAAGAAGCUUUAUCUCCAUCCGGACAUCACUUAAUGGCAGUCUGCAGUGUGUUGGCUCCAAUAAGCUGGGAGUCGCCUCUCAGAUCUUCUCAUGUAUGAAAGUGGAUCAGUGCUCUGCUGCUAAAGGUGCAGAUGUGGAUAUUUCCUCCGUGCUGACUGGUGCUGCUGUUGGAGCUUCAGUAAUGAUGAUGCUGUGUGGUGUAUUCCUGUGUGCAAGGAAAACACAAAACAAACCACCAACUGGACGAGAAGCUGCGUCAGAAAACGUAUUAAAUGAUGGGAAGGCUGAGGUCGAGGUCGAGGUCGAGGAUGAAGAGUCUGUGUAUGCGAACAAAACGGUUUUAUCAGAGUCACUUCAUUACUCCACUGUUGUGUUUCCAAGAGGAGAUGGAAGUGAAAUCAGAGGACUUUCCAAGCUCACUGCUGAUUACGCCAUCAUUCAUCACAGCUCCGAACAUCAAACCGAGGGAAGAGUUACAGAACCAACCAUGGAGGAAGUCCAGGAAGAAAACGGGACAAAAGCAAACAGUGAAAAGAAGCAAGAAGAGGAGGUAACUUACGGAAACAUCACACGUCAGCCAACGAUGGAGCAAACUCAGCUGGCUGAUGAUGAUGAUGAUGAUGAUGAUGAUGAAAUUAAAUAUAUUAAAGGAACUAAAGAGGCUAAAGAAAGAGAUAAAGAGCAGCACAAACACUCAGAAGAAGCUGAAGGUCUUUAUGCACAAAUUCAACCUAAUAAACAUGAACAGAAAGUGUGAAAUAAUCUAUAAAAUCGUCCAGUGUUUAAAAAUCUGCUCAGUUAUUCAAGCUACGUACAGGUGUUUCACCUUGUGAAAAUAUUACUGUUACAUUCCGGCCUGCAUCAGUUUUGCAAAGACGGCACGUUAACGUAAUAAUCACAACUAAUAUAUAUAUAUAUA